AUGGGACUCUCAGGUUCAAAACCACCAGGUGCACCUUUGGAGGUCAACAAGAAGCUUACAACAUUAGAGUUUGACACUCAGUUUGGUAUUGGAGAUGAUAAAGUUCUUGAUGAUCCUAGUGCAUAUCAACGAUUAAUUGGAAGACUUCCCUACCUCACCAUGACUAGGCCAGAUAUUGCAUUUGCAGUGCAAUGUCUGAGCCAAUUUAUGCAUUGUCCUAAGACAUCACAUAUGGAGGCUGCCAUCAAGGUGAUCAAGUAUGUCAAGCAGUCCCCAGGAAUGGGGAUAUUAAUGUCAGCAAAUGCUUCCUCUCAACUCACAGCCUUUUGUGAUGCUGACUCGGCCUCUUGCCCCAACACCAGGCGAUAA